GGAGUUGCGGAAUGGGUGGCUAGACCUGCCCGCCUCCGUGAAUUCGCCAGCGGGAGCGCGCGCGCGGCCGCGCGUACUUCGCUUUCCCGGCUCCGUCGCUGACGCGUCGUAGACGUUGGGGAGCGGGAGACAGCAGCAAGCGGGUCGGGAUGAACCCCGGCGGCGGCUUCGGGUUGGCUUUAGGCUUCGGCCUCACCCCUACGGCGGUGAUUCAGGUGACCAAUCUGUCGUCGGCGGUGACCAGCGAGCAGAUGCGUACGCUUUUUUCCUUCGUAGGAGAAAUAGAGGAGCUGCGGCUCUACCCCCCGGACAACACACCUCUUGCUUUUUCUUCCAAAGUAUGUUAUGUUAAGUUUCGUGACCCAUCAAGUGUUGGCGUGGCCCAGCAUCUAACUAACACGGUUUUUAUUGACAGAGCUCUGAUAGUUGUACCUUGUGCAGAAGGUAAAAUUCCAGAGGAAUCCAAAGCUCUCUCUUUAUUGGCUCCUGCUCCAACCAUGACAAGUCUCAUGCCUGGUGCAGGCUUGCUUCCCAUUCCGACCCCAAAUCCCUUGACUACAUUGGGUGUUUCCCUUAGCAGUUUGGGAGCUAUACCAGCAGCAGCACUAGACCCCAACAUUGCAACACUUGGAGAGAUACCACAGCCACCGCUUAUGGGAAAUGUGGAUCCUUCCAAAAUUGAUGAAAUUAGGAGAACAGUCUACGUUGGCAAUUUGAAUUCCCAGACAACGACAGCUGAUCAACUUCUUGAAUUUUUUAAACAAGUUGGAGAAGUGAAGUUUGUGCGGAUGGCAGGUGAUGAGACUCAGCCAACUCGGUUUGCUUUUGUGGAAUUUGCAGACCAAAAUUCUGUACCAAGGGCCCUUGCUUUUAAUGGAGUUAUGUUUGGAGACAGGCCACUGAAAAUUAAUCACUCCAACAAUGCAAUAGUAAAACCCCCUGAGAUGACACCUCAGGCUGCAGCUAAGGAGUUAGAAGAAGUAAUGAAGCGAGUGCGAGAGGCUCAGUCAUUUAUCUCAGCAGCCAUUGAACCAGAGUCUGGAAAGAGCAAUGAAAGAAAAGGCGGUCGAUCUCGUUCCCACACUCGCUCAAAAUCCAGGUCUAGUUCAAAAUCCCAUUCUAGACGAAAAAGAUCACAGUCAAAACACAGGAGUAGAUCCCAUAAUAGAUCACGUUCAAGACAAAAAGACAGACGUAGGUCUAAGAGCCCACAUAAAAAGCGCUCUAAAUCAAGGGAGAGACGGAAGUCACGGAGUCGUUCACGUUCACGGGACAAGAGAAAAGACACCCGAGAAAAGAUCAAGGAAAAGGAAAGAGUGAAAGAAAAAGAUAGAGAAAAGGAAAGGGAAAAAGAGAGAGACAGGGAGAAGGAACGUGAAAAAGAAAAGGAACGGGGUAAAAACAAAGAUAAAGACCGGGAAAAGGACCGGGAUAAAGACAAGGAAAAAGACAGAGAGAGAGAGCGGGAAAAAGAGCAUGAAAAGGAGCGAGACAAGGAAAAGGAAAAGGAGCAGGACAAAGAAAAGGAACGGGACAAGGACAGAUCCAAAGAGAUAGAUGAGAAAAGAAAGAAGGAUAAAAAAUCCAGAACACCACCCAGAAGUUACAAUGCGUCAAGAAGAUCUCGUAGUUCCAGCAGGGAAAGGCGUAGGAGGAGAAGCAGGAGUUCUUCCAGAUCACCAAGAACAUCAAAAACUGUAAAAAGGAAAUCUUCUAGGUCUCCAUCCCCUAGGGGCAGAAAUAAGAAGGAUAAAAAGAGAGAAAAAGAAAGGGACCACAUCAGUGAAAGAAGAGAGAGAGAACGUUCAACCUCUACAAGAAAGAGUUCUAAUGACCGAGAUGGAAAGGAAAAGUUGGAGAAGAAUAAUACUUCACUUAAAGAGAAGGAACACAAUAAAGAACCAGAUUCAAGUGUGGGCAAAGAAGUAGAUGACAAGGAUGCACCAAGGACUGAGGAAAACAAAGUCCAGCAAAAUGGGAAUUGUCAGCCAAAUGAAGAAAACCUCUCUACCAAAACAGAAGCAGUGUAGGACUGACAGAUGCACCUCUAAACACACGCUGGAAUAAAAUCCAAAGCUAUUAAUUCUUCCAACAAGAUGUUAUACAGUGAAGAAAUCCAGUUGAGUAUGAAGAUAUGAACUAACAGCUUUUCUAGUUGUUAGGUGACUUUGUGGCCAUCUUGUUACUGAGUAAGAAAAUAAAGCAUGGACAUCGUGAAAAUAACAGGUGUUACCCAAACUCCUCAUCUUCUAGAAUUUGUGCAUUUCCAUGGUGGCUGACACACUUGUCAUGUGGUUUGUUAGUGUUUGCCAAGAACCAUUGCAAAUAAAUGGGACGUCAAAGAUCCAAAUUUGUACUGUCCACAGAGACUGGAGAUAAGCAUUGGAGGCUCUUUUAAAAAAUGGUUGUUACUGAAUUUUGUAUUGUUUUACUUUUUUUUUUUUUUUUUUAAUUUCAGUAUAUACAGAUUUGAUGAUGUGCUUGAAAUCGGUGCAAAUAUAUACACACCCUUGUAAGUGCAGAGUAUGUAAGAAGUUUUAACAUUUACUUCACAGGAUUUACGGUGGUUGUGUUAAAUUCUCACUAUUGUGUUUUCUUUUGCUCACUGUUUAGGACAACAGUUUUUUGUUAAAAUAGUUUUACAGACUAAAAUUGCUUAAAUAAGUGGAUUAACAAACAACUGACAAUGCAUGCUACUGUUCUCUUUCAAAAGGAAGAGCAACUGUAUUGAAUACUAAUAAUAAUGGAUUAGUAUUCAGCGUUUAGAAUCAUUGGGUCUCCUCACAAAGUAAGCAUUUCCUUUUGAACUUUUGUUGACAUUUCCAAGCUUAUUAUGAAUAAUAUUGCAGUGUGUGUUGUCAGCUGUAGGUGGCAAAGGUGCCAUUAUAAAAAGAAAACUGGGUUUUCAAAACGGGCUAUGGGAGCACAAGCUGAAGCUUUAGUGCCUUCUACAAUGUGGUAUACUGUUUUCUAGAAUUUUAUAUGUGCUAGUCAUUCUCAAUUCAUACGGAACUUAGAUGGAUAUUUCAUUCACUCCCAUAGAGAAAGUGUCCAAAAUAGUGUGUCAGAGAAGAGCUUCUUACAUAGCUCACCUAACAUGAGGGAAGUCCUGCUUUUAAGAAUGACUUCAGAGCUUAAAACAACAAUGCAGUUUUGGGACCAUCAGUUUUAUACUGUGAUAAUUGAAUAUGAAGCAUGUUCUUACUUUACUUAAAUCAGAGCGAACACUUUCGUUGUCUCCAUUGGAUGGCCUUAAUUAUUACCUCUUAAUCAUCUUCUCGUAAGUGAUGUGCAGAAAUUAUAUGUAAAAGAGAACACGUGAGAUUAUUUGUUUUAAGGAUAUGUUUACUUGAGUUUAAAAUAUAGGUCAUCCGUUACUCUUAGGCUCACUUUUUGCAGGAAGUAUGCAAGUAGUAAAAUGACAACAUUGCUAAUAUUUUCCCCAAAGCCAUAACUCAUAAUUUCAGAAAUCUUUUCAUUAUUGUUAUAUUCCCCCAAAAGUUAUACCUUUCAAUUAGCAUGUUAUUAAAAAAAAUCAAGUAUAAUUAUUUUAAUGCAAUCUAAUACAAUCAAAUUACUCCGUUGCCUUACCUCAUGGGAAGAGUUACUUAUAGAUUUAAAAAGCUGAGUAGCACAUCAGUUACUUGGUUUCAACUUGAGUUUUCUUUUAAUGUUCAUACUAUUGAAACUUAAGUAUUUGAUAGAAAAUGGAAAGAAUUGCCCUUAUUGCAAGUAAUGAAGCCUGGUUUGAUUAUGAAGCUGCUUAAUUACUCUUCAUGUGUUCAGAAUUACUGUGUUUUUUUUUCCUUUUUGUCACCGUGUACAUUAAAAUUUUUGAAAAUGCUUUACUAUGUAAAGUAUAGAUGGUCAUUUUAAUCGUUCAACCACAUACGGUUGGCUGGUAAACAGCUUAUUCUGAUACAAGAAUGCUUGGGUGCAUAUGGAAAGAUUGUGAGUGUGUGUCCUGCAUCAACAGCUGUCUUAUUUAUAAUAUGUAGUAGAAUAGAGCAAAUGUUUGAAUCUUUGUUAUUUUUAGUACCAUUUCUCUAAUAAAGCUAAGUAUUUUAGAGGAGAGUAUUUGUUUAUGCAUUUCGAAACAGCAUCUUAGUUUAUCAUGUCUGUCUUGUUUUAGUUGGCAUAGAAAUUGUUUCAACGUGGAGAAAACAUGUUUGUGUGGUGUUUUGAGUUAUUUCUUGUACUCUGGACUCAAUGUUUCCUUUGUUGGCAGUUAAUAUAAUUAGGUUCCUGCUACUAAUUAUUUUUCUUGCUGAUGAUAUUCAGUUAAAAUAAUACUUCUUUUGAAAGACACUGAUUUGUAAAAGGAGGACAUGAAUAGGAAUAUAGGAGAUCCAGAGAGAAUGAAACAUGUUCUUAAAUGUGUUUAUGGUAGCAAAGUUUUCUAGGGUCUGGAGGUAUUGGAGUGAGUGUGUGUGAGAGAGAGAGAUUGAGAGAGAGGGAGAGGGAGAGAGGGAUAGGUUUUCUUUUCUUUGUUCACUUAUAGGAGCCUGGUAGGUUUCCAUUUAUUUGUUACUUUCUUUCAAGGUAUUUUGUUUUUUCUUUAAGACUAUUCUUUUUCAUCCCAGGUAGAUGUCAGGAAAACUUGAGGUAAGGCCAAGAAGACAGUAAUUUUAUACUUGAUCCCUUUUUUAAUUACGUUUUUUUUUUAGCUUGAUUAUACAGAGAGUACAUUCUGUUCCUUAAUUGUGGUUGCUAUUUAUCAUUCUAGACAAAUUCUGUUGAUCCUCCUGUUUCUUUUCGCAGUGCAUGAUGAAUUAUUUAUAUUAAGGUGGACCUUUAUAAUAAGGUGACCAGUUUUAUGUGUGAAAACAAGUAUAAAUCCUUCUGCAGUUGCCUCUGUAUUAUUUCUCCAUCUAGUCUAAUUUAUAAUUGCAAACACUAGUCAACUUGUGAUUUUGUUUAGAAUUCUUACGUUCAAUAGUUUCAAUCUAUGCCAUGUUGAUCUUCAGAAGUGUCAGAGGCUUAAAUUUUGACAUGCUUAAAAGAAAAAUUCAAGUUUAGAAUCCUUUCUUGUCAAGAAAGUAACUUCAUUUGUGAUACUAUUUGCAGGACCUCAUUCAUUGCUAUAUAUAUGUUGCUAUCUUUAUCUUAAAACUUUAAAAAGUCUUUAAAUCAGCCCUGAAGAUACUAUUUAAUUUUAAGAAUUACAAUAUGUAGUAAUAGGCCCUUAAUCAUUUAAAAAAAUCUAUUAGAAGUAAUAUGAUUUGAUAAAAUCAUAUUUUUAUGAUUAGUCUUUUUAGUGGUUGACUUAGCUAUUAGUAUGAAUCCUUUUGGAAGGAUGCAUUAAAUAACAUUUCAGUGCAUUAUUUCUUACAUUUUCACUAAAAGAUAGUAUCUGAUUUUAACGGACUGGGUUAUGAAGUAGAGCCGUGUCCACAAAGUAUGUUCCUUAUAUGUUUAACUAUUUUUUCUUUUCACUACCUACAUACUUAGUAUCCUCACGUUUAUUUAGGUAGUGUAAUAAUUCAUUUAAAAUGGUUUAUUUUCCAAUUUCAAAAGUUAGGGCUCUUAAAAGGGCUAAAUUAGAUUUCUGGAAGCAGUAGCAAGUAUAGUGUAAUAUAAAGUCUUCUAAAAUAAAAUUGACUUCCUUACCUAAUUUUGGGUCUGUGGGUGAGUUUUUCUUAAAUACGCUCUUAUUGGUGAUUUUGCCUGAAGAUUGAUACCUUAUUUUAAAAACAAAAGCUAAAGCUAUUGAUGGUUUUUUGGUCCAUAUUCAGUUAGGUUGGUAGUAAGUAAUAAUUACAUUUCUUUCCAUUCUAUUUUAAGGUAUUUUUGUAUUUCCUAGCAAGUAAUUUAUCAUAAUAAUUAGUUUAUAUCUAAGAUAACAUUUCUUGAUAUAUUGUUUUUAAACACAGGGUUUUAGUUUGUUUCCUGAUUUUUAAAUUAACUUUGUAUGUAGCUAACAUUUUAAUUUUGAAAAUUGCCAACUUGUGGGAAACUUCACAUAUUUUACUGCUAAAAUUUAUUUCCCUGGGAUUGGAAUGGAAUAGUAGUUCUCUCCAUUCUUAACUUUCUUUUGCUAGAUAAUUUCUUGACUCUAUGUGCAAGUUCAAAUUUAUGAAAAUCAUGCUGAAAGAAUUAGAAUUGAAGAGAUGGAGUUCCAUCAACUUGAGGCAGCGUGGAGGGCAACAAAUGGUUGGGGGGGCAAUCUGCAGAACUCCCUGAUUUCCACAGAAGAUUACAUCUGGGUGUAUUGUGUCGUUGUAUAGGUAGUUCAGUUUAAUAGUUAAAUAUUCUUCUUCUUAAUCUUACAAUAGUCUUCUUUACAUGAUGCUAUGGGUUAUCAAGGGAAGAGUUUAACAUGUAAACAUAAGAUGCUGCAUAGGUCGUGUAUAUUUAUGUGAGUAGGGCUACUUCUAAGUGGUACU